AUGGAGACCUCCACCACUACCCCGAGCACACGAGUGCAAUACCAGCAAAAGGAAUACAAUGUCAUCAAAGAGGGUCUGGCGCACAUUUUGAACCCUCCGGCUCAAGAAGCCGCGUCGAAAGGGACGAAAAGGGAUCUUAAGGAGGACGACGAGUCACAGUCUGUCUUCUACAAUCCUAUCCAGCAAUUCAACCGAGACCUUAGCGUUCUGGCGAUUCGCGCAUUCGGUGAACAUGCAGUGGACAUGAGAAAACAGAAGCAGGACCGGAGAAAUAAGAAAUAUGGGGGAAAGAAUGAGAAGGGACCGGCUGGAAAGCGGAAGCGUGAAGACGAUACAGAGGAAUCACCCGCCCCGAAGCGCGUGGAAGGAGAAAAUGGAGAGAAGUCCGAGGUCGAAGCUGAAAUGACAGUUCAAGCGGCAAAGGAGAAACCCGAGGGUGAAAACGGAAGCAAGCCCGAAACCACAGCUAAGCAACCGGUCUCAGCAGAAGAGGAGAAGAAUGGUGUUGUGUUUACUGUCCUGGAUGCUUUGUCUGCCACUGGUCUACGUGCUCUUCGGUAUGCAUCCGAGCUUCCAAUGGUGUCCAAGGUGGUCGCAAAUGAUCUGUCCUCUUCUGCAAUCAAGUCUAUGAAGACAAACAUUGAAUACAACAAGCUUCAGGACCGGAUCCAGCCUAAUCUGGGUGAUGCUCGUGUAUACAUGUAUGGGCUAUCCGGGGUGGAAAAGUUUGAUGUGAUCGACUUAGAUCCGUAUGGUACCGCUGCUCCUUUCUUGGAUGCUGCAGUCCAAGGCGUCAAGGACGGUGGUCUUCUCUGUGUGACAUGUACCGAUGCCAGUAUCUGGGCAUCAACCGGUUAUUCAGAGAAAUCCUUUUCUUUGUAUGGUGGUAUUCCAAUCAAAGGUCACCAUUCGCAUGAAGGCGGUCUACGUCUUAUCCUCAACAGUGUAGCCAUGUCAGCUGCCAAGUAUGGGUUCGCCAUCGAGCCUCUGCUUUCCUUGUCUAUCGACUUCUACGCUCGUGUCUUUGUGAGAGUGUACCGCUCCCCCGCGCAGGUGAAGUUCCUUGGCGCCAAUAGCAUGGUCGUUUAUAACUGUGAUUCUGGCUGUGGUGCCUGGUCAACACAACCUUUGGCUUCGCUGAAAAAGAAGCUGGACCGCAAGGGUAGCCCACUUUACCACCACGGAUUGGCUCAGGGACCUGCCUCUGGCUCAAAUUGCGAGCACUGUGGCUUCAAGACUCAUCUCGCCGGACCCAUGUGGGCUGGGCCACUACACAACCCUCACUUUAUCCAGAAAAUACUUGCCACUCUUCCUAAACUCGACUCUCAAACUUAUCAAACCAUCCCUCGAAUUGAGGGUAUGCUCACCACUGCCCUGGAAGAGGAUUUGGACCUCACCCCGUCAACCUCCUCGAACACCAGCUCUUCAGAGACCCCGAAGGCAGAUGAUCAAUCUGCUGAAUACCCAGCCAUCAUUCCGCGACAGGACCCAGCCCUCCACGAGCCUUAUCCAUUCUACUUAAACCUCAGCGCCCUCUCAAAGGUUUUGCACUGUCACACUGUUCCAUUGGACGAGUUCCGAGGUGCCCUCCACUCAAUCGGUUACCGCUCCACACGCAGCCAUGCCAAACCAAAUGCAAUGCGCACAGAUGCCCCCUUCGCCGUCAUUUGGGAAGUAAUGCGCGAGUGGAUUCGUCAGGAGAGCCCGAUCAAGGAAACAGCUCUGAAACCCGGAACACCCGGCGCAGUCAUCAUGGCUAAAAGCCGUGACAACCUACGCAAGCUAGACGAUAAAGACCAGUGGCUAUCGCUACUAAAGACCGAUCUUCUCGCAGCAGUCGAAUCAGGCCGCGAUAUCACUGACCUAGUCACAAAGGUAGAGGCCUCUCUUUAUCGCUCUGGAUCUCGACAAGCCUGGAAGCCUUCGGCGGGUUCUUCGGAGGCUCAACCCGAGGCUCAGCCCGAACCCAGCGCUGAAAAUCAACCUCAAUCUAGCUCGGUAAAGGAUAAGACUGUUCAUCCUAGCAGUCUUGAGAUCAAAUUUGAUCCGGCUCUUGGUCGUGAGGCUUCUGCUGCUCAUUCAAAGAAGCGUCUGGUACGGUAUCAGAUUAACCCUCGCGCUAAUUGGGGACCGCUGAAUCGCGCAUCUGUCACUCAGUGA